AUGGGGCAGCCGCUUCGUCAGCAGCCGCUGGUGCAGCUUCAGGUCCAGGACUCAUACGGGCCUCUGGCACCUUACGGAUCCAGCGCUAGUGCUGCAAGUGCUGCAGCUUCAGGUCCAGGUGGAAAUGGCUAUGGCAGCAAUGGAUUGGGAGGACUAGGUAGCGGAGCCAAUGGAGCAGCAGCUUCAUCAGCAGCCGCUGGUGCAGCUUCAGGUCCAGCCGCAUCAGCAGCCGCUGGCGCAGCUUCAGGACCAGGUGGAAACAGCAUAGUACGAGAGAUCACAAUUUACGGGCCAGGUGGAAACGGCUACGGCAGCAAUGGAUUGGGAGGACUAGGUAGCGGUGCCAAUGGAGCAGCAGCAUCAUCAGCAGCCAGUGGCGCAGCUUCAGGAGCAAGCGGAAACGGCUAUGGCAGCAAUGGAUUGGGAGGACUAGGUAGCGGAGCCAAUGGAGCAGCCGCUUCAUUAGCAGCCGCUGGUGCAGCUUCAGGAGCAAGCGGAAACGGCUACGGCAGCAAUGGAUUGGGAGGACUAGGUAGCGGUGCCAAUGGGGCAGCCGCUUCAUCAGCAGCCGCUGGUGCAGCUUCAGGUCCAGGUGGAAAUGGCAUAGUACGAGAGUUCACAAUUUACGGGCCAGGUGGAAACGGCUACGGCAGCAAUGGAUUGGGAGGAUUAGGUAGCGGUGCAAAUGCAGCAGCAUCAGCAGCCGCAGCCGGAGCUUCAGGUCCAGGUGGAAACGGCUAUGGCAGCAAUGGAUUGGGAGGACUAGGUAGCGGAGCCAAUGGAGCAGCCGCUUCAUCAGCAGCCGCUGGUGCAGCUUCAGGACCAGGUGGAAAUGGCCUAGUCCGAGAGAUCACAAUAUACGGGCCAGGUGGUAACGGCUACGGCAGCAAUGGAUUGGGAGGACUAGGUAGCGGUGCCAAUGGAGCAGCAGCAUCAUCAGCAGCCGUGGCGCAGCUUCAGGAGCAAGCGGAAACGGCUAUGGCAGCAAUGGAUUGGGUUGCCAAUGGAGCAGCCGCUUCAUCAGCAGCCGCUGGUGCAGCUUCAGGUCCAGGUGGAAAUGGCAUAGUACGAGAGGUCCAGGUGGAAACGGCUAUGGCAGCAAUGGAUUGGGAGGAC